AUGCUUUUGGGAUGCACGAGGUGUGAAAUUGAAAAUCAGAGUGUUGGCAGUUUUGCUGAUUUCUAUAAAUCCCAGUAUGUUCAGCCUAUUGAUAUAGUCUCUAUUUGGCUUUUGGCCAGUCUAUCUGGUGUCCUGUGUGGGCUGUGUUCAGCCAGUUCUAUAGUAGUAGCAAGUCAGGAUUAUACGCUUCUCUACCACAACUACUGUUCGAUUCUGGUCGUGGAUGCUGAUGGGACCAGUACAGACGAGGUCGAAACUGCAGUCCAGUCCACUCUGGACGAGAAUACUUUUCGUAAGCAAGGCUAA